UAGUACUUUUCACACUUCUGGAACACUCGCCCUGGAGUAUCUCUCUCAAAGCACAACGAGAAGGUACAUUUUUUAAUAUGUAUUUUUCCAGCUUCAGUUCAGAUAACUUGCUUGCAGUUCUAGUUCUAAGUUGUUUUGUUUCAAUCCAUCUAGAAUAGUUGUAUUUUCCCUUUCCUUAGAUCUGUUAUCUCUUUGCGAGUUUUUCCCGAUCGAUCUAUUGUAACUUCCUGUGUUUUUUCCUAAUUUUGUCCGGUUUCUGAUGUCUAUUGCUUUUUUCGAACUUUUCAUCAUCAAAAUUUAUUUUGGAUGGGUUGAUCCAACUUUAAACUUUGAUUUUUAUCUACACCUUGAGACCGAUCUUCAUUUGCACCAUUUGGACUCCAAUCCUUAACAUCAUCGGCAAUCAGCCUCCUAAACAUCUGCAAUUCCUCCAGGUCAGGUUCUUACUCCAAAAAAGAUUUCAAUAUGUUGUUGCAUGUGUGCGUGUAAGCGAGAGAGAAGAUGGAGGAGAUAAGAGCAAAUUAUAUUGAUUUCAGCCAUGAGCAUCCGUUGGUCUUCAAAGAAGAUCUGGAAAAUGAUGGCGACAAGGAAACUGUUUGCUCGAGGUGCGAAGAACCAGUGUUGGGUCCCAACUACAAAUGCUCCGAAUGCAACUUCCUACUUCAUAAAUCAUGCAAUGAACUACCCUGUGAAACACACCGCCACCCUUUGCACCCAAACCACACCUUUUUCUCAGAGCGCCAUCAGAAUUUAAUAGAUGUGAUACCUGCCGCGAGUAUUGCAGUAGACGCUUAUUUUACCAUUGUGAGGAGUGCAAUUUUGACCUCGACAUCAGAUGCGUUUCCCGCUGGCGAAGUAGCAUCGAUGAAUGUCACCGACAUGACUUCUUCCCCAUCUUCAACCAGAUCCAAUUCACUUGCGAUGCCUGUGGGGAGGAAACCAAGGACAUCGCUUACCUAUGUAGCCUCUGUCGAUUCACGGUUCACCGCCAAUGUGUUGAUUAUCCACGCACCAUCAGUACAACUGUACAUAAUCACUCUCUCACUCUCACAUGUUCUCUUCAUCAAAUGGUAGAGGAGAAGGAUGACAUAUCAUGUGAACUUUGCCGUAGAAAGGUAAAAACAAAGUACGGAGUUUAUUAUUGUCAAGAUUGCAGGUAUGCUGCCCACUUGCAAUGCGCAGAAAUAUAUCAAGGUGAGAUCAACGGGGACCUGACUGCAACCACACAGUCGGUGCCUUGCGAGUCUGAUUUGGUCUCGGAGAUCGAACAUUUUAGUCAUCAUGAACAUAAAUUAAUCAUCAGUAGAAAGGAGCUCCAGGAUGAUAAGAUUUGCGAGGGAUGUAUGCUUUCAAUCACGCCCCCGUUUUACAGCUGUGAGCAAUGUAACUUCUUUCUGCACGGUCGCUGUAUUAUACUUCCUUCCAAGAAGCAACAGCCCUUUUUUCACAAGCACCCACUCACCCUUCUCUCACAGGCACCUUCCCCAAGUGGCAUAUUCCGAUGUGUUGCUUGUUGGCGUUUACAACAUGGCUUCUGUUACAGAUGUGACUUGUGCGAUCAUUCUGAAAUGGACGUCCAAUGCUCUUCUCUGCGGAAAACCCUCAAGCAUGAAGGUCACCAACACUCCCUCUUCAUUGCUUUAAAUCGUGAUGGAAUAAUAUGCAAUGGUUGUUAUGAUGAGAAUCCUUGCCAUUGCUUAUUUGUAUGCACCGAAUGCGAGUUCGGCUUGUGUUUUACAUGCGCAACUCUUCCAUAUAGAGUAAGGUAUGAGUAUGAUGCACAUCUCUUCUUGACACUCACGUAUACGGUUGAAGACAAUUCUGGAGAAUAUUAUUGUUUUAUUUGCGAGGAAACUAGAGACUCAAGGAAGUGGUUCUAUUAUUGCAAGGGAUGCGACUUUGCUGCGCAUCCCGAUUGUGUUAUUGGCAAGUAUUCGCGCAUCAAGUUUGGAAGAAACUUCACAUGUCAGGAAUAUCAUCGACAUCAUCCUCUCGCUAUUGUCCAGAAGAAUGAGUACUCUUCUCCGUGUGACUCUUGUGGCACCACUUUUGAUGGCUUGGCCGUGGCAUGUACUCAAUGCAAAUUCAAUUCCCACUUGAAAGUUAAAUCUCCAUGGUGGUGGGACUCGGAGGAAUUCAAAUAUUCCCAGAUGAUAUUUAAAUAUCCAUGGUUAAGGGAGCAGGAGUGGGAGCGGGAGCGGAUCUGUGGGAAUGAUGAUGAAAAAUAAAGAUUCAGUACUUUUAAUUAAUAUAUGAUUGAAGCGGAAGAACCAAUUUAUAAAGAAAAUAGACAUGUUAUAUGAGGAUAUGAUGAUGUGAUAUGGAAUUUUUGAUGUAAUGUAGAAUGGGCGGACAUGAUCAUUUAUUGUUGUUUAUAUUUAUGUGAAUUGAAGCAUUUAAUUAAGCGUGAAAA